GGGACUGCCGAAGUUGGCCCCCAUCAGCACCCCCUGACGUACCCAGUUCUAUUGUUUGUACUCCAAACCAACCAAUCAACUGAAACGUUAAACCGAGAGAACGCUACGUUACAAGGGAUUUCGUAACAGCGAAACCUUUGAUUUUCUUUAUAUGAAGCUGACUUGCACUAGCCUAAGCUGCUGGACAAACAAUUACAAAGAGAAGAGAUCAGAAGCAAGCAGAAGCCAUGCGAGGAGCAGGAGACGAUCAGCAGAUAGAGCCGCUGCUAGAGAAGCUCUCGGAGUCGUCUUACAAUUCAUCGGAGGAGCACCUGGUGGAGAGAACUGGCACGGUAUGGACGGCGAUGGCGCACAUCAUCACGGCGGUGAUAGGCUCCGGCGUGCUGUCGCUGGCGUGGAGCGUGGCGCAGCUGGGCUGGGUCGGGGGCCCGGCGGCCAUGGUGUUCUUCGCCGGGGUGACCGUCGUCCAGUCCUCCCUGCUCGCCGACUGCUACAUUUCCCGCGACCCGGACCGCGGCAGCGUCAUCAGGAACAAGUCCUACGUGGACGCCGUGAAGCUCCACCUAGUUUAAUUGUAGGCGAGAAGAGCCAGAUGUUCUGCGGGUUUUUCAUUGGCGUCAGCUUGCUUGGGAGCGGCGUGGUGUAUACUCUCACCUCAGCCAAUAGCAUGAGGGCGAUUCAAAAAGCCAACUGCUACCACAGGAAAGGCCACGGUGCGCCGUGCUCAGCCACCGCCGGUGGGGACGGCUACUACAUGCUCCUCUUCGGCCUCGCGCAGGCGGUCCUGUCCCAAAUACCGGACUUCCACAACAUGGCGUGGCUCUCCGUCUUUGCCGCCGUCAUGUCCUUCUCCUACUCCUCCAUCGGCUUCGGCCUCGGCGCCGCCAAAGUCAUCGAAAAUGGAGUGAUCAAGGGGGGAAUCGGAGGCAUUACCCUGGUAUCCCCGGUGCAGAAGGUGUGGCGCGUCGCGCAGGCACUCGGGGACAUCGCCUUCGCCUACCCUUACUCCCUGGUGCUGCUAGAGAUAGAGGACACGCUGAGGUCGCCGCCGGCGGAGAGCGAGACGAUGAAGGCGGCGUCGAGGGCCAGCAUCGCGGUCACCACCUUCUUCUACCUCGGCUGCGGCUGCUUCGGCUACGCGGCGUUCGGCGACGGAACACCCGGGAACCUCCUCACCGGCUUCGGCUUCUACGAGCCCUUCUGGCUCGUCGACCUCGCCAACCUCUGCGUCGUGCUCCACCUCCUCGGCGGCUACCAGAUGUACGCGCAGCCGGCGUUCGCGCUGGCGGAGCGGCGGUUGGGCGCCGUGGACGACGUGGAGGUGGAGCUUCCUCUGCUUGGACGGCGGCGGCGCGUGAACGUGUUCAGGCUGGGGAUCCGCAUGGCGUACGUGGUGGUGGCGACGGCGAUGGCGAUUUUGUUCCCGUACUUCAACCAGGUGGUGGGGCUGAUCGGCGCCUUCACCUACUGGCCGCUGGCCAUCUACUUCCCCGUGCAGAUGUACCUCGCGCAGGCCAAGGUGGCGCCGUGGACGGGGCCGUGGGUCGCCAUCCAGGCCUUCAGCGCCGGCUGCCUGCUUAUUUGUGCAUUCGCCUCCGUUGGCUCCGCCGUGGGGGUGUUUGGGGCGGAGAGAAGCUAGCUAGGCAGGCGAUCUCUGCCCAAACUGUUUAUAAGCAGAAAGCGUUUUUGUGGCUUAUAAGUCAAAAAAUCAUAAAUCAGUUUUAAGCCCAACCAAACAGGCACGACUAGGGACGUGUUGAUUUGUGGGUAUACGGAGCAAAGUGCAAGAUUCUUUACAUAGCUAGGGGCCUAGGACUAGGAACUUGUUGAUUUGUAUCAGGUUCUGUUCUGCAUGAGAGAAAGAUGUACUCCGUACUUCGUAUGUGUAAUUAUUA